GCUCACCACCCGGCGCGCAACUCGACAACUCAAUCCGCGAAUCCAGGCGCUCCACGCAUAACGACCAAAUCCAUUGCGAAACCACGAUGCCCAAGUUCUUCUGCGAUUACUGCGAUGUCUACCUCACCCACGAUAGUAUGAGCGUGCGCAAGGCGCACAACAACGGUCGCAACCACCUCCGUAACGUUCAGGCAUACUACGAACAGAUAUCAAGCGACCAGACACAGCAAGUCAUCAACAGUAUCACCGAUGCAUACAACACAGAGGGCCAGGCAAAUCCUUUGUUUCAACAAAACCUAAACGGAGGAUUUCCUGGCGGCCCAAUGGGCGGAAUGCCUGGUAUGCCUCCGAUGGGUAUGCCCGGCUUCCCACCGCCAGGAAUGCCGCCUAUGGCUGGAAUGCCCCCACAGUUUAUGGGCCGUGGUGGUCCGCCCAUGCCUCCCAACGGAAUGCCGCCUUUCCCUCCGCCCAACGGUAUGCCUCCAGGCCCUGGUGGUGUGCCUCCAAACAUGCCCCCGUUCCCACCACCACACAUGGGAGGCGGCCCACCUCCUCAAGGGAUGCCGCCAUUCCCCUUUCCGCCACCUGGUAAUGCUGGCUCACCACCUGGAGGUAUGCCAUUCCCACCACCAGGUGGCAUGCCCAUGCCACCCGGAGGACCUCCCGGAGGACCGCCUGGCAGAUAUCCUCCUGGACCACCUGGACGCUAGGAGCAGUCCGAUGUACCGACAGGAGUUUCAACCGACUUUAGCCAUGAUCAGCAUGUGCUUACAUUUGACAGUGGAGGACCAGAGAGAAAUAGAGAGAAUGAAGAUGAUAUAUCCAAUGUGUCUACGUGGGGUUGGGGAGGAAACGAGCCUCGUUCAGCUGCUACAGGCGCAAAUACCGUGCUACCGACAAGAUUCAAGCGGACACAGCUAUAAGCACGCCAGGCUUGCGGUGGUCACAAAGACCCACGAGAGCUGAUGCAUGUGUGCGUCUCAUUCAUAGCCUGCUGCGCUCCUUCAGCAAUCUCACAGUCAAUGUGGUCAUACUUACUGAGCAGUAUUGGUAAAAUAUACAAAAGGCGUUG